AUGGAUGUUGCCAUCUUUGACAUACCGCACAUCAUAGAUAGCAUCGGUCAGUGUCUUAACCAGAGCGACCUAUUCAGCUGCAUCCUCGUCUCAAGGCAGUGGCAUUCUGCAUUCAUCCCUAUCCUAUGGGCAGAACCAGAAUAUACCCAAAAGAAAAGCGUCCAAAUACUCCCUACUGCACUAUGGCGUUACCGCCACCACAUCCGGUCCAUCAAACAGCCUUGGAUUGCACGUUUGUUCUUGGAGCCAUUACCUAUAAUAGCGACAGUUCCGAGAACUAGACUUGGCACAGAAGAAAACGAGCAAGCAGAGGUAGAAUGGUCCUUCCCGAAUAUUCAGUCAUUUUGUUUCCACGAUAAUGCUUACUCGUUCGGUUUCCGCAAUAGUCUCAAGCCAGACACCAUAGAUGGACAAAUGAGACUGGCUAGAAUGGCCAGCUCUUUUACAUCUUUGAAAACUUUCAACAUCCAUCUCGACGGCUGGGGUAACAGGGUAUUGAUCGCGCUAAUGGCGUCGGUGAACAUACUGAGGAGCUACAACAACUUGAGAGAGGUCUCAUUGUCUGUGCUUGACCCUGAAGAAUACAGGUCUGAGCUCAUCGCCUGUUGCUUUCAUCUGCCUCUUUUGAACGCCUUUGGCUUGGAAAUCAAGCGUACUAUAGGUCUCACGCCAGUAACUUUAGCAGAAUUCCAUGAUCAGCUACAAAGGUCGAUAGAAAAGAUAUCGCCUGUGUCGGCAACUAGCACAACACUGACGCCGACAGCGCCAAAACCAAUAGCAACAACAAAGAUCCAGAAUUUUAAAUUAGCCAUUAGUGGUUUCUUAGAAAAGGGGUCUAUCCUGCCAUUGUUUAUCGAGCGAUGCCCGUCGUUGAAAAGCAUCAGCAUAUCAGAUUCAGGGUCUGCUGACGGUUCAUUGGGCACAGAAUUUAUCCGCAUGGUCAAGGAUGGUCGAGUUCCAAGCCUUGAGCAUGCAUACUUUCGGAGUGCAAACGAAGACAUACACUACCCAGAGCUUAGUUUCAUCGAUCUAAUCCAAUCCACAGGGGCCGUUAGUAAUGGAGGUGGCAAGGGUCUCAAAACCUUAGCCGUCAACCGUGGUUUUGAUGGUUUCUCGGAUCAAUGCCUUAUGGACCUCCAACAAUAUCACUCCAAGACGAUGACGAGGUUAGAGGUCGGUGAUUACAUGCAGACCAGCCUUUUCUCAACUUUACUGGAUAGUUUGCCAGAGCUCAAGACCCUCAAGCUCUCGCUAACCUAUGGAUACGAGCCAAAGUUACCCUUGUCUCAAUCUUUAGUAGCUCGUGGGCCAAAAAACCUGACGACCCUAGUACUGAAAAGCCGCUUCGAUCCCGAGCAUAAGACGGAGUAUAAACAUCUCAACUAUAUUUACGCUCAGGUCUCGCUCUUGGACCAGUUACAAAAGCUUCAAGUUUACACAGACCGUCGGAAUCAGUUAUCGCUUAGAUACAAUAACUUGAAGCAGCUUAAGACUUUGAAAUCGUUGAAAAAAUUUUCGUGUUUCCAUCUCCAUAAUUUAAACAUUGACCCCAGGAGAGAGUACCCAAUUCAUCGCUUCUCAAGAGCAGAUGCCGAAUGGAUGGAUGAGAACUGGCCAGCAUUGAAUGAGGUCAAUUUGGGUCAUGAUUUAUGUCAAAUCGAGUUUAGUACAAGGUUGAAUGAAUUGAGGCCAGCAGAAAGGACGAGGCACCUGUUUUCCGACUAUGAUAAAUUCGAUUUCUGA